GUGUGUGUGUGUGAUUGUGUAUAGUGUCCUCGCCAUGGCCGCCGCUGCGGACUCUCCUCUGUACCUGGGCCUGGACUUCAGCACGCAGCAGCUGAAGGCCGUGGCCAUCGAUGCCGGCCUCGCCGUGGUGCAGCGGAACAGCGUGCAGUUCGACUCCGAGCUGCCCGACUUCAGGACUCAGGGAGGGGUUCACAUUCACCCCGACGGGCUGACGGUCACCUCACCUGUGCUCAUGUGGGUCAAGGCUCUGGACCUGCUGCUGGACAAACUGAAGGGGGCGGGACUGGACUUCUCUCGCAUCAGAGCGGUGUCCGGCAGCGGCCAGCAACAUGGCAGCGUGUUCUGGAGGACAGGAGCAUCCCAGACGCUGGACCAGCUGGACCCGGAGCUCCGUCUGCACCAGCUGCUGCAGGACAGCUUCUCUGUGCAGGACAGUCCCGUGUGGAUGGAUUCCAGCAGCGGGCGGCAGUGCCAGGACCUGCAGGCAGCGGUGGGGGGCGCCCUGCGGCUGGCUGAGAUCACCGGCUCCAGAGCCUACGAGCGUUUCACAGGAAACCAGAUAGCUAAACUGCGUGCGAGCCGAGCAGACGAGUUCCAGGACACGGAGAGGAUCUCCUUGGUCAGCAGUUUUGCAGCCACUCUCUUCCUGGGCUCUUACGCAGCCAUCGACUACAGUGAUGGUUCUGGGAUGAAUCUGCUGGACAUCAAGAGCAGAAACUGGUCUGACCUGUGUCUGGAAGCCACCGCUCCUCAUCUGAACCGACUCCUGGGAGCUCCACAGCCCUCCACGUCCGUACUGGGCCCUGUGUCCUCCUACUUUGUACAUCGAUACGGUUUCUCUGAGAGCUGCAUGGUUGUGGCUUUCACUGGAGACAACCCAGCAUCUCUGGCAGGAAUGAGGCUCCAGCAGGGAGACGUGGCUGUGAGUCUGGGCACCAGUGAUACGGUGUUUGUGUGGAUCCAGGAGCCUCGGCCGGCUCUAGAGGGCCACAUCUUCUGCAACCCAGUGGACCUGCAGGCGUACAUGGCUCUACUGUGCUUCAAGAACGGAUCUCUGACCAGGAAACGGAUCAGGGACGAGUGUGCUGGACGAUCAUGGGACGUUUUUUCUGCUGCUCUCAGAGACACGGCGCUCGGGAAUGGUGGAAACAUCGGAUUUUAUUUUGACACCAUAGAGAUAACUCCUCCUGCGGUUGGCGUUCACCGCUUCGACUGCCACAACAAUAAGGUGUCCUCGUGGAGCCCUCAGGUGGAGGUCCGGGCUGUGGUGGAGGGUCAGUUCCUGUCCAGGAGGCUUCAUGCCGAGCGGCUCGGAUAUUCCAUCAUUCCAGGAACCAGGGUUUUAGCGACUGGAGGAGCUUCGUCCAAUAAAGAGAUCCUGCAGGUCCUGUCGGACGUGUUCAACGCUCCGGUUUACACCCUGGACUUGGCCGACUCCGCCUGCCUGGGCUGUGCCUACAGAGCUCUGCACGGUGUACUGGCAGAAUCUGGACUGUCUUUCUCUGACGUGGUGAAAAACGCUCCAGAACCCCAGCUGGUGGCCACGCCCCACCCCACGGCCCAGCAGGUGUAUGAAGGGAUGCUGAAGCGCUUCGCCCAGCUGGAGGAGAUGGUCCUGCAGAAGACCUGCACCUGAGCAGCCGCCGACCAAUCACAGUCCACCUGAGCAGCCGUCGACCAAUCACAGUCCACCUGAGCAGCCGCCGACCAAUCACAGUCCACCUGAGCAGCCGCCGACCAAUCACAGUCCACCUGAGCAGCCGCCAACCAAUCACAGUCCACCUGAGCAGCCGCCAACCAAUCACAGUCCACCUGAGCAGCAGCCAACCAAUCACAGUCCACCUGAGCAGCCGUCGACCAAUCACAGUCCACCUGAGCAGCCGUCGACCAAUCACAGUCCACCUGAGCAGCCGCCGACCAAUCAGAGACUGUGUUUCCAUGCAGUCAAUAACCCUUUUAAAACCCGAAUAUAACCCGAAUUUGCACGCCAUGUAAACACCAAUAACCCCUUUGAAUAACCUGAAUUUGCUCAUAUUCGGGUUUUUAAAAACCCUAAUUUGACCCCUAGGUUACUCCUUUUAAAACCAGAAUAUUGGGUCAUGUAAACGCCAAACGGAAUAUCCCCAUCAAACGGAACAGGAAUUU